GUGUCGCUAUUAGGACCGCCGCACUGACGUCACCGGAUAAGGAAAGCUGAGAGAAGCGACGGAGGAGAAAGUGUUGUGGAUUGUCCGCGGAGGCCUUUAGAUUUUCUAUUGAUACUUAAGAUAAUCCAGUGAAUUACAAACCAACCAAAACUCAAGAUACAUUUGCAGGAGGAUUUACUCUCGUCGUGCACACGGUAGAGAUGUCGGUCGUGCCUCCCAGUCGUUCGAGCACCGGCUGGCCGCGCGGUGGUGCCGUUCAGUUCGGGAACAAAUACAUCAGCGGGCCCGCUAAGCCGCUCACCCUGGAGAGGACCAUCAACCUAUAUCCUCUGACCAACUACACAUUUGGCACCAAGGAGCCUCUGUAUGAGAAGGACAGUUCAGUGGCAGCCCGGUUCCAGCGGAUGAGGGAGGAGUUCGAUAAAAUGGGAAUGCGGAGGACAGUGGAGGGUGUUCUCAUUGUCCAUGAACACAGGCUGCCUCAUGUGUUACUUCUACAGCUGGGCACCACUUUCUUCAAGCUGCCGGGUGGAGAGCUAAGUCCAGGAGAAGACGAGGUGGAGGGUCUGAAACGUCUGAUGACUGAGAUCCUCGGGCGGCAGGACGGAGUGAAACAGGACUGGGUGAUUGAUGACUGCAUCGGCAACUGGUGGCGCCCAAACUUUGAGCCUCCACAGUAUCCCUAUAUCCCAGCUCACAUCACCAAGCCUAAGGAGCACAAGAAGCUAUUCCUGGUUCAGUUGCAGGAAAAAGCGCUGUUUGCUGUCCCCAAGAACUAUAAACUAGUGGCAGCACCACUGUUUGAACUAUAUGACAAUGCUCCUGGAUAUGGACCAAUCAUUUCCAGUCUACCACAGCUAUUGAGCAGGUUCAACUUUAUCUACAACUGACUUGAGUGAACAGGAGUGUGUCCAGCUGUCUCUGUGAGUGCAGCCAUGUGUGAGUGAAGCUUAAGGAUGAGACGCAAUGUGGUAACUCAGUUUUCACAAAGAAAAAAAAAAGCUUGUUGGGUGUAUUGACAGUCCACAGAGCUGUUUAUACUGUUGUUAGAAGAGCAUAAACAUUUAAUGUUUGUUUUUUUCUUUUUUUAAUCUGAAGAAACUGCUGGUUUUUGUAAGCAUGAAAGUCUGUAUUCCAGUGUUGAUAAUCUGAUUUUAUGUCCUCUCAGAAGAGGCCAAUGUUUGAUUAAACAAACUACAACAUUGUGUUUCCUGUUUUAACCUGUAACCAUGCUGUUGUUUAUUUCUUUUUAAUAAAGCAGUCUUUUGAGUAUGUUUUUAUAAAGUCCAGAUAGUAGCUGACU